UGCCCUGCCCCGCCGGGCUCCCCGCUCCCUUGGACGGGGACUGGCCUUGGUUAGAACGCACAAUUAAUUUGUAUUGAUAUAUAUGUAAUGUAAGUUUGUAAUGCGUUACAUAAUACGCCUCUUCCAGCAAGGUUUUCCUUUAAAUGAAAGUUUCUUCGAAUCCAUUGGUAACCAGCUCACUUCCUCCACAACGCUUGUAGAAUUGUCAUUGAUUUUUCUUUUAGGAGUAAUUCAAUAAAGCUAGUUCCUGUAUUUGAUUUCUCAAUCUCUUAAAUGGGAUUUAAGCCACUAAUUCUGGGGAAAAAAAUGUUGGUUUAUAUUUCUUCUUAACUGAAAAGUCACUGCUUUUCCUAAUUGUUUACACUAACUUCAUCUGCUUACUGCCUUUCAAGCACUAAAUAAUACUGAGCGCUCCUGGUUUGUCAUAGUGUUUUCUUCAGUAUUAAUUCAACAGCAUUAGCGUAAGCACAGCUGUGCGAGGCUGCAUGGAGCCCUUGGUGAGGUUUAAAAAAAAAAAAAAAAAAAAAAAAAAAGUAUUGUAGGCUCUGCUGGGUUGGAGGGUAGCUUACUCAUCAGGACUUGAAGGCUGUAUCCAGUUUUUCAUUAGGAAGGUGAUUCUGUGCUGUGCAAUGCUAAUACUGUCUGUGAUGUUCUGUUGUCCAUAGCUUUCUGUUGUCCAUAGCUUAAAGGACACUGGAGUGAGUGUGCUCCAUGUUAAGAAGGUACUUGUAAAAGCUUAACAUCUUCAGAUCAAUUCAGUAGGUUAAUCUACAAAUUUUCUACUUUUCUUUCAUUCUUGUUCAGUGAUUCCUGUUCCUUGAUUUCCAGUUGCAGUGUUGAUGCGCUGUUUACUGACUCAGUCCUUCUAUGGCUGCUAACCUGCAAGUUUGAUGUGAGGCGUUUUGGUGUUUCUUCUAAAACUUCCGUCUACAAAUGACCUUUCAAAUUGACAUUUGUUUUUGUAUAUUCUAAAGCAACUUAUAAGCAGGAUAUUACUGCAUUUAAAUCCAUUAGACCGCUGCUAGUUGAGGUAAAUCACGAGUGUGUGUUUGUAAGCGUGCUUACUUUGCAGCCUGUUUGGUCAGAGAGGUUAGUUGCUCCUUCCUUAGUGCGUUGCGGAAACUGAGGCUUGUUCUUGUGGUCCGGCCGUGCUGUGCGUUGUCAGCCAGACUGCGCCUGUUCUGUGUGUUCAAUAAAGCCCAAACUGAAACUGCAAGUUCAUGAACUUCCGGAAGCAGAUGUCCCUCCUAAAACUGUGUCGCAGCAGGAAGUUGCAAAAUUUAUUCUUUGCAAUUCUUCUCUCCAACUCGGAAAGAGCAGGAGACAUCUCCACCUGCAGCAGUUGCACGCCCCCGUGCUGCAGGCGUGAAGGCACGGCGUGCUUUAUGGUCCUAGCUCUUGUUCGUCGGGUGACGAGGUGCAGCUGCAGCAAAACUUGACGCUUACUGAAAGAUGUCGACGAUUGGGGUAGCAGCCUCCUGUUCCGGCCUCCGUCCCGGUGCGUGGCUGCUGAAGCCAGGUGUGCGGAAGAUGAGCUCCCUCGGCUUACACAUGGCAGCCAGGUGUGCUGCCAAGGACUAUUACGAAGUUCUUGUGCUGGGCGGAGGCGCCGGGGGAAUCACCAUGAGUGCUCGCAUGAAGAGGAAAGUGGGGGCAGGAAACGUGGCUGUUGUUGAGCCAAGUAAGACUCAUUACUAUCAGCCACUCUGGACUCUUGUUGGUGCUGGUGCAAAGCAGCUGGCAACUUCUGCACGUCCAACCGAGAGUGUAAUGCCUCGAGGCAUCGAAUGGAUCAAAUCUCGAGUUACAGGGUUGGAUCCAGAUAAAAACUGUGUCUGGCUGGAGAAUGACAAGAAGAUAUCUUACAAGUAUCUGAUAAUUGCCCUUGGGAUCAGUCUGCAUUAUGAAAAGAUCAAAGGCUUGCCUGAGGGUUUUCAUCAUCCUAAAAUAGGUUCCAAUUAUUCAGUUCAUACAGUAGAGAAAACAUGGAGAGCUUUGCAAGAUUUCAAGGAAGGAAAUGCCAUCUUCACUUUUCCAAACACUCCAGUGAAAUGUGCAGGGGCUCCUCAGAAAAUCAUGUAUUUAUCAGAGGCCUACUGGAGGAAAACAGGAAAACGAUCCAAAGCAAACAUAAUGUUCAAUACUUCACUUGGUGUCAUUUUUGGUGUUAAGAAGUAUGCUGAUGCAUUGCUUGAAAUAAUAAAGGAGAGGAAUAUUACUGUUAACUACAGACGCAACCUUGUUGAAGUUCGAGCAGACAAGCAGGAAGCUGUGUUUGAAAACUUGGACAAACCAGGAGCCACAGAAGUUCAUCAGUAUGAAAUGCUUCACGUCACACCCCCAAUGGGGCCACCUGAUGUACUCAUCAACAGUCCUGUCUCGGAUGAAAGUGGCUGGGUAGAUGUACAUACGGAAACUUUACAACAUAAAAAGUAUCCUAAUAUAUUUGGUAUUGGAGACUGCACCAACCUUCCAACAUCAAAAACCGCUGCAGCUGUCGCUGCCCAGUCUGGAGUGCUUGAUAAAACUAUUUCCAUGGUAAUGAAGAACCAGUUACCAACUAAAAAGUAUGACGGAUAUACUUCCUGCCCGCUAGUCACAAGCUAUAACAAGGUGAUUCUAGCAGAGUUUGACUACAACGCUCAGCCCCUGGAGACCUUCCCCAUUGACCAGAGCAAGGAGAGGGUAACCAUGUACCAUAUGAAAGCUGAUAUGAUGCCGCUUCUCUACUGGAAUGCAUUACUCAAGGGCUACUGGGGAGGACCAGCUCCUUUCAGGAAGCUAAUGCAUCUGGGCUUAAAGUAAGUGCUGGUUCCUGAUGCUAGUCAACACUUCUGAAGAAAAACCGACUAGUCUCUGAAGGGAUCGAUAUAUAUCCUUCUUCUUGGCCUAUUUUCUAGUUAAGUGAUGUGAUUUUUGUGUUUAAAUCAUAGUUUUAUCUCAGAUUCAUUUUCCUGCUCACCGCUCUUCUGCUUAAACUAAUGCUGUAAGAUGCUUUCAUACACACAGGAAUUUGAGUGAACUUGCCUUAAGCUCUAGGACACUACUGAAAGCUGCUGCUGCAGUCAGUAAGCUUAAACCUGUUGUGUAUGUAACUGAAAGCUGUAGUCUGUAUGUAAUCAGUAUGUGCACUGGACUUAACUGAACAAAUCAAUGUUAAUAAAGUGGUCUACAACUCC